AGCUGUUUGACAGCUUGACAGCUGUCAGUUAGCUGACGUGCUGUUUACCCAUGUUGUUGACCAAAGUAGUGCCAGUUAUUCAAACUCUCGUUUCUUUGUACAGACACUCAUCUGGUGAAAGAAACAUGAAACUAUCCAGAGCAGAGUACAAAGACAUAGUGAAAUGCAUCGAGAAACUGAGACCAACGCGGCAAUGUAUGAGGAUUCUUAAGGCAACGUUUCCAAAUCACUCGCAGUCCACUCUCCUGAGCAUCUUCUCCCUGGAGUACCAGAAAAGAACAAAGAAAACAAUGUCAAGGCACCAUGCACCUGAUGUUAUUGAAAGCUACUAUAAAAGGUAUCUGAAUGAAGCCAAGGCCCAGCCCACUGCCCCCAUACUGCUGGAGCUGGCCAAUGAGGUGGAUCUGUCUCCUGCACUGAUGGCUCGCAUCAUCCUGGACAGAUUUCUUCAGGACCUGGAGGGUGGAGUGUACUCCAAGACGGUCAUCAACAGCAUGCUUAAGGAGCCAUCCUUAAUUCCAGACCAGAUCCUAGCAAACCACAUCUACCAAUGCACAAUAAAUGACUGCUGUUAUGGACCGCUGGUAGACUGCAUCAAACAUGCGAUUGGCCAGGAGCAUGAAAUACUGCUAUGUGACAAGCUGAAGGAGAGAAAUCUAUCUUUUCUAGGAGUUCUGCUGGGCUAUGGCGGCAGCGUGACGCAACCUCCUCAGAGGCGGACCUCUUGUUCUCUGGGACACCGAGGUCCCAAAGGGAAAGUGAGAAACUGA